CCAUUUCGUGGCUAAAACUAGACUACCCCCAGUUAUUGUCGGGCAGCUGCCGUGAAAGGUUCGUGGUUCAAGUGCGGCUAACUAAGUAAUUUUCCAACUUGGCUUGUUUUGGUUUCUGGCCCUACUUCGGCAAGUCUACGCAAUCAAGAACUAACCUAGGAGUCAAGAACAGGACCAAGAACAAGUGACCAAUCAUAAUUCUUUGAAAACCAAGUUUCAAAAUCGUUGAACGAGCAUCUGAGCUUUUGAAUCCGUAUCCGUUUAUCGUUUUCUGUUAUCCGUUCUGUAGCACUCCGCCGGACUAAGAUUGCUACGGAUAAGGCACAAAUCAUAAAAGGAAUUCCGUAAAGUAAGAAGAAAAAAAAGUCGCUUGACCUACUGGCUAGAGGCAAAAAAAAAGUGUCGUCGCCAGCACCUUAAAAACCCCGUUGUGUGUGUGUCCUGUUGUGCGGCGAAAGUCGACCAAAUAAAAAGCAGAGAAAGUGUGCUCUACGUGCCCCAAUGAGAAUUUUCCGAGACGCCGAGUCGAGUGUAGAGCCGGGUAACGUGAGACUUUCGAUUCCGGGCGCAGCCUGAGCCAGCAGCCAGCAGCAGCAGCUCCAGCAACAACACGUGUAAACGCUAACGAGCGCGAAAACGCGAACAUUUUGAUUGAUUUUGAUUGACAUGCCACUCAGCGCCUCGACAGUACGCCACCCACCACGCCAAAGUGACGCAAAGUAACGAAAAAUAAUACACCAAGUCAACUAAAAAACAAAUUGUUUCGAAAAAAAUAAAGGGGGAGUCUCACCAAAAAUAACCAUAAACUUUCAGAGCAAACAAAUAUUGAAACGCUUCAAGCGCCAAACAGAAAAUAAUAAAUAUUUGCCUCGAGGGCUGUUGGGGAAAGUGUCAGCCAAACAAGUAAAAUAUACAUAUUUAGUCCUCAUAGCCCACACACGAAAUGCAAUCAAAUCAAGGCCCAUAAAAACAGCACCAAUAAGCCCACAAAAAAUCCAACAAAAUAAUAAUAAAAAUCCACAGCAUCAGGCUAAUCAACUACAACAAAAUAAAACCAAAAAAAAGCGCUGAGUUGGGCAAAAAAAAAAUAAAAUACAAUUUUUUUGUUUGGGAUCUCAGUUAGAUAUUUGUUUGGCAUUUUUUCCUCCUCCUUUCAGUGACAGUGUAGUGGUGUAUUUUAUUUCUAUAUGUAUCUGUGUGCCUCCCUAUAAUACCCCAAAAAAAAAGGAAAAAAGGAUAAAAUAUGCCGGCAUUGAUUUUCUCAGGCGACAACAACAAUAUCAGCUAAACAGCAGCCAGAAGAGCAACAGAAACAACAUUAAAGAAAUAACACAAAAAAAAAAAAAAACUCAGAAAAGAGAAGAAAAGUUGCAGGCAUCGAGGGAAAAGUUUUUCCGACAUUUUCGGUUCCCCAGGAACAACUAAGCCUUGGAUGAUUAAAACCAUAAAAAGAUACGCAAACUAUGGGAACAGCUCUUGAAAGGAAGCAGAACAUUUAACGGCACACAAAACAACUUCGACAAGAACGAACGAGGCAAAUGCAUUACAUUAUAAUUUCAUUAAGGACGAAAGCCUUUCUCCGCCAGCAGUGAAACAACGUUGCGUGCCGGGAAAGAAAAGGGCGACAAAGUCGACGAGCCGAGGAGGAGAAAGCGGAGAAAGUCAGAAAGCCGCAAGAGGCGACAAUAGCCCCAAAGCCCAUUGCCUACUUCUGGGCGCUGUCAAGCGAAAAUCAAGAGCCUGGCAUUUUUAUGAAAUUAAUACAAAAGACGUGGCGGCAAGGAGCAAAAGUGGAAGUGGAAGUGGCAGUGGAAGUGGCAGCCAUGACAAAAGCCCCAGCCAGCGGAGGACAAUGAUGGGCGGAUGGGGUGGCCUACGAUUGAGAAAGAGAUUAUAAUGGCAGAAGAGCUGAUUUUUUUAUGGACCGCCACCGCUCGAGUAGACGUGACAGCGUCCGAUCGGCUAAUAAUAAUAUUUACUUGCGCGUAAUUUGACAUGCCAACGUGACCCAGCUGUGGCUCAAACUAUUUUACAAGAAAAUCAUAAGAAAAUUUGCCGGAAACUCUGGAAUCUCUGAAAAAUUAAUACCGUAAACAUGCCUGGCUACCAUUACAUGGCACUCCUCCUGGUGUCCACUUUAAGCCUGGUCCAGGGCUGUCCGCCGGAGGUGUGUGUCUGCAAAUGGAAGGGCGGCAAGCAGACCGUGGAGUGCGGCGGCCAGCAACUCUCCAACCUACCGGAGGGCAUGGAUCCGGGCACUCAGGUGCUUAACUUUAGCGGAAAUGCCCUGCAAGUCCUGCAAUCGGAGCGAUUUCUCCGCAUGGACCUUCUGAAUCUGCAGAAGAUCUACCUCUCCCGCAACCAGCUCAUCCGCAUCCACGAGAAGGCCUUCCGCGGCCUCACCAACCUCGUGGAGCUCGAUCUCAGCGAGAAUGCGUUGCAGAAUGUCCCGAGUGAAACGUUCCAGGACUACAGCUCCCUGAUGCGCCUCUCCUUGAGUGGAAACCCCAUUCGCGAGCUGAAAACCUCCGCCUUCCGGCACCUCUCCUUUCUGACCACCCUGGAGCUGUCCAACUGCCAGGUGGAGAGGAUCGAGAACGAGGCCUUCGUGGGCAUGGAUAACUUGGAGUGGCUGCGGCUGGAUGGCAAUCGGAUUGGCUUCAUCCAGGGCAACCACAUCCUGCCCAAGUCCCUGCACGGAAUCAGCCUGCACAGUAAUCGCUGGAAUUGCGACUGCCGGCUGCUUGACGUCCACUCCUGGCUGGUUAACUACAAUGUCCCACUGGCGGAGGAGCCCAAGUGCAUGGAGCCGGCCAGACUCAAGGGUCAGGUCAUCAAGGGCCUGCAGCGGGACCAGCUGGCCUGUCUGCCGGAGGUGAGUCCCCAGUCCAGCUACACGGAGGUCAGCGAGGGCCGGAACAUGUCGAUCACCUGCCUGGUUAGGGCCAUUCCUGAGCCCAAGGUCCUGUGGCUGUUCAACGGCCAGGUGAUGAGCAACGACAGCCUGAUGGAUAACCUUCACAUGUUCUACUACAUCGACGAGAGCAUUGGAGUCAGCGGCGCCGAGGAGAAGAGGAGCGAGAUCUUCAUCUACAAUGUGGGUGCGGAGGACAACGGCACCUUCUCCUGUGUUGGCCAGAAUAUAGCGGGAACCACGUUCAGCAACUACACCCUGAGGGUGAUCAUCAAGGAGCCGCCAGUGGUGAACGAGGUGUCCUUUCCGCGGGACUACAUGAACUACAUAGUGGCCAGCAGUGCUGGCGGAGGCAUCAUCUUUGUGGUCCUCCUCUGUACCAUUGUGGUGAAGUGCAAGCGCUCGGCAGAGCCAGCCAAGCAGCGUAAGAAAUGCGACCAGGUCACGAGCAUAGCCGGAGGAACGGACUCCUCAACGGGAAGCACCCAGGACACGGGCAUAGGCAUGAUGAAGUGCGCCUCGAUUUUAAACGAUGGCGGGGACAGCAUGAACGGCAAUGCUGGCCUCCUCCUGGGCGACACCCUCACACCCACGAAGGCAGUAAACGGUGCUGCCGGUGGCGGGGGCAUUAUCCUUGGCAAUCAGAUGAAGCAGAACCUACUGCUAUACGCCACUCCGAAUCCCGGCCAGCAACAACAGCAGCAGCAACUCCAGUUGAAUGUGAAUCUUAUGGGCUCCGGACCGGGCUCUCCACCCCUGAUGCUAAGUAAUGGCCAUGGUCUGACCGCCGCCUACUGUUCGCCGCCCGCUUCGUUGAGGAACUACCAGGAGAAGAAUCCGGACUUGGUGAACGAUGCUGAGAGUGUGAAACACAAACUGAAAACUGCAGUGAGUCUGGACGGAGCGGCGGAGUACGAGACGCAGAGCAAUUGCGGCCAGUACGAGGGCUGCUAUCAACUGGCUCCGGCUCCACUGGGCUUGCCUGGCCAUCCGGGACAUCCAAUGCAUCCCGGACAUCCUGGCCACCCGGGCCAUCUCAUGGGACGCUUCACCCAGGCCAUGACCACAUUGCCGCGUGGCAUGCAACUGAAGCCGGCCCCGCAUCAGGUGGAUGUGCACCUGAAUCCCGUCUGUUUCCUGGGCCAGGAUGGAGCUUUUGCCUACGACUACAGCAGUGCCCAUCUGGUGCAGCAGGCCUCGCAGCAGCAAAUGCAGCAGUUGCCGCAGCAGCAGCAGGUGCAACCACCGGCAAACUUUUACCGAACGCUGCCCCACAAUCGGCUACACAAGCAGCAACAAUUCCAGGCGGCAGCAGCUGCCGGCGGCAAUCCAACAUUGCGGUACAGCCUGGAGGCGGAGUUCAUUCAGAGGGGCCCGACGGUGAACUAUGAAAAGUACCAGUUGCCCAACGUUCGCUUUACGGCGGAAGGAUAUCCGCAACAGGAGAUGCAACUGCAACAGCAACUGCAGCAGCAGCAACAAUUUCCAUCGCCGCCCGAGGGCUACAAAAGCGAUCUGGCGCCUUUCCAUCAAUGGCCCAGCUGCUUGCCAGGAUACCGCUUCGCCCAAUCACCCACCAGCCAGCCAGCACCCAUGCCAGGUGGUGCCAUUGAGGGAGCACCGGCACUGCCACCAGCAGCAGCACCACCCACAGUACCAUCCCAGGCAUCUGGAGCCACAUCAACCAUACCGGAGCUGGAUGAAAGUGAAGCCACCUCGCCGCGAUUGGAGGAGGCGGCUGCCGCAGCGCCAGCUGGUGGCGAAGAAGGCGAAACAAAUACUGGCAAGCUGAAGCAACUCAACGGUCCCCUGGCCGACAGUCCCGACGAGGGAUACGUGGGCGACGGCCAGGAGACGAGCGACAUCUGACCCAAGGGGUUACAGCAGGCCAGGGAUGCAGCUGCCUUAGACCCAGAUUCAGUGGCUCUGUAAAUAGCCAGUGCCGAUCGCAGAAAAGCAAGAAAACCACUCAUAGCCUCAGUUAAGUGUACCCUUUUUCGCACCAUCCCCCCCACAAUCCACCCGCCAGUUCCCGGCCACCCCACCUUCACAGUUUCUGUUUGUUGGUUUGUCCGCAAAAACAAGCAAACAAAGGCAGACCCAAGUUUAACCUAAUAAUUGGCAGGGAGAGAAAGAGAGAGGAGGAGAGUGGCUGAAAGAGAAGGCACGAAAUGUGAGAAGACCCAAAAAAGUAGCCAAAAAAAAAGAAGAAACUUCCUCCAAUCCGAAGGAUAUAACGAAUUUCUUAGAACCCGACUGAGGAUUUGAGAUUAUAAAGGGUCGAACUGAAAUGGAACUUCUUUACUUGGAAAUUUAAUUUAUUAUUUUUUAAAAUGUUGUUUAUUUUAUUACUUUAAAAAUAAGUAUCUAUUAAUUAAUUCAAUUUCUAGUCUCGUAACGGAGAAAGUAUUUCCUUAGAAAGAGUAUAAGAACUCUCUAACAAUUUGUUAUUUCCCAGUAACCAGUCUCGGCACUUUCUCCGAGUACUACUUUCUUUUUGAGGGUAUGCGGUAUAAACAAUAGGCAUAGGGACCUAACCUAAUAAAGCCGAAAAACAAAGACGCCGCUAAACAAAAGCCUCUUGUCGUUGUUUGUUUCUGUUUGCUGCGUGCUUCGAGUGGCAAGCUGGCAGCAUUUUAUUUCCGCUGAUGUAAUUGAAAAACUUUUUCAUUUAAUAUAAAGUUUUCAGCAGUCUUCCCCCAGCAGCACAAUGAAAGCAGCAAGAAGGCCAGAAAAGAAAGCAGAAAGGCCAGAGGGAAAGCGAGAAAAGUGAGAGCCAAAGAAAAGCCGGGGCCUACGACUAGACACGUGUGAGUGUUGGGUUUCCGAUUGAGCUGUUGGCUCUCAGCGGCGUUGUUAGUCUUCACAAUCAAAUGGGGAGGAUGGGAUGGGGCAGUCGCAGGCAGUCCUCUUAACCACUCGAGAGGGUUUCCGAGUCUUUCUGGCCUGCUCACUUCAGAGCCAAGUGGCAUGUGUUUUCGCCCUGGCGACACCUGCUCACCGGAACACAAAGGACUCCCUGCUCCUCUGGCCGAAAAUCGCGAGUGGCAGUAGUGUGCUCUAGUUUAUGAAAUUUUAAUUUGGGCCACAUCCGCUCCAGUGUUACAUUUAAAUAAUUUAUAGCAUUAACUUUUCACACAACUUUCUCCGGGUCCUAAGCAAACAUCCGACUUUCACCGCUUUCACCAUUCACCUCUCUCACAGAAACUCCCAGAAAAUCCCUUCAGUCGCAGCCCUUCAUUCGCCCAGCCUUAAGUUUGUUGUAUCAAAUUGAACAGACAUGAACACAAGUGUUUCCGGGUAAUAUUAAAGGUAGAUAUCGUAAAUUAGAACGACUAGCUGGAUAAGAACUAACUAACUAUAGGAUAACCUCCAUCACCCCCACAACCGUUUGAGACUUGUAUGUAAAUGUAGUUAUAUAGUGAAAUUGUUUAAGCGAGACCCAAGCUUUCAAUUUUAACCUUAAAUGUUCUGUUAAGUGUUCAAGACUUUACCACUGUAACAUAAAUUCGAAUAUUGAGAUUUUGGAUGGAAAUUGUUGCAAAAUGUUUGCAAAAUAUUUCCAGGAAUGUAAGUAACCACAAAACCAACAAUUAGCAAUAGCAGAGCUGCAGAGGAAACCAGAGAGGGCAGAAGCAAUCAUUUAAGCACAAUAUGGAAUAUUGUAAAUUGCAUAAAUAAAUCAUUAGACUUAAGGACAAACACUAACACACCCCCCAAGUAAAAAAUACCUUAAAUAUAAAAUACACAAACACACGCAGACACAAAAACACAUACUCAGACUGUGUGCAUAGGAAAUGAUUAAGUUUUAUUUUCACCAAGUGAGUUAGUUGGCAACAAUGCACCUAAAGGAAUAUACAACCGAAACUAAAUUAACGAUGCGAGUAAAAACAUAAACAUUUUAGCCUAUCAAAACUGUUUAAAUCUGAACACGAAACCACAGGAGAACACUUGAAAUGGAUCUUAAACAAAAGAAUUCGCUGGCCGGCCUGGGCCGAAAAGGAGUAGGAAGGAAAUAAUUUUAAAUAUUAAACAAAAUACACGAUAAAGGUUUAGGUAAACGGCCUAGCAUUAAGUUAAUUGUUAGGCAAAGCAGAACAUGUAUGCAUAAAGCAAAUAUUAAGGGCCAUAAACGGUCGCGAAACAUUUAACAAGAUAACAUUGAAACCAACAAUGGCAAGGAACACAAUCUAGACAUAAAUUAAUUUUCUAAGUUAAAUUAAAAUUAAAACGCAUUACGAUAAUAACAAAAGCAAAGUGUAAAAAGGAUAAGAGAGAAAUUAAACCGAAUAAAACGCAUUAAACUGAAGAAUUUAAUAAAAACUACAUUAUG